AUGAGUGAAGAAGAAACAGACAAAGAGAAAAUGUUAAAGCCUAAUAAAUAUCAUAUUGAUGAUUUCGAGGAAGCAUUUCGAGUGAUAAAGAUUGAUGAAGAGAAUUAUAUCGGAGCUCAUCCAUUGGAAAAGCCAAUAAAACAAGCCAGAGGAGUUUAUGGAGGUCAUACUGUUGCCCAAACUUUAUUAGUAGCCAUUGAAUCAACUCGAGAUCCUCAUACUCAAGAAGUGUUUAUACCUGAUUCCUUUCAUACUUAUUUCAUAGCUGCUGGUGAAUCAAAAGUUCCUAUGGAAUAUAAAGUUGCAAAAUUAUUUGAUGAUGGUAAUAUCGCUAAACGAUCUAUAACAGUAAUUCAAAUGGGUAGAGUCAGAUGUAAUUGUAUUUGUUCAUUAUAUAAACGAGGAGGAGGAGAUCAUAAACCUUCUCGUCAACAAUUAGAUGUUGAUUUUCAAAUUCCAACUCCUCCAUUACAAUUGAAAUAUCCUGAUGUAGAUAAAUUAUAUCAAAUUCAACAUACAGGAUAUAUUAGAAAUGCAUAUAGUGAAGAAUUCCUUGAUUAUAAUUUAUGUCCUGAAGAAGAUUUAUUAAAACCAGCUGAAAGAUGGAUAACUGUUUGGAGUGGAAUUAAAAAUCAACCAUUACCAGGUCAUGAAGAUAAAUAUGAAAUUAGAAAAGAUAAUAUUAAAAAUUCAAAUGAUAAAAUAGUAACCAUUGAAAAUAAAAUCAUAAAUCGAAAACAUUUAAAAUCAUUUAAAGAUCCAAUGUAUAAUUAUGUUGGGUUAGCAGAUUUAUCAGAUUCUGCUUUAUUAACAACUAUGGCGCGAGUAUUACAUAUACCAUGGAAUCCAACUCAAGACCACGCAUUUGAAGAAUAUGAUGAUAGUAAAGAUGCUGUAUUAUUAUUAGGUAACUCAAUUAAUAUGUUACAUUUGUUUCAUUAUAAUGCCAUGUCAUUAGAUCAUCAUAUCUAUUUUCAUAAUGAUCAUUAUGAAGACUCAAAUGAUCCUACCAGUUAUGAUAUUGUUAGAGAAUGGUUAUGUUUUACAUAUCAAAUGAAACGGUUAUCCAAUAAUAGAACUUUAGUGAGAGGAUUCUUAUUUAAUGAACAUAAAAAAUGUGUGGCUACUAUAGUUCAAGAAGGGUUAACUUAUCUAUUUAAUGGUGUUCCUGAUAAUGCAAAAUUAUAA